AUGAACGCCCUUGUUGGCGAUCCCUAUAAAGUUUUCAACCAUUAUGUCGUGCCUCAACGUUGGACCCCAAGGUUCAAUCCGGCCAAAGCUACCGUUGAGAAGAUGACAGUCUGGGUUAGGUUGCCAGGACUACCGGUGGAGCUCUUUCGAGACGACACAAUCAAACAGAUUCUUCGACAGGUGGGAACUCCGGUGAAACUGGACAGAACCACCACUGGAGUUGAUCAGGGACAUUUUGCACGGGCUGCGGUGGAAGUAGACCUCAAGAAACCUCUCACGUCUAUGAUUAUUGUGGAUGAUUGGAUUCAGCAGGUGGAAUUCGAGGGACUCCAUACCAUUUGUUUUGGUUGUGGAGAAGUAGGACAUAGAUCCAAUGUCUGUCCAAAGAACAAGCAGGUGGCUGUUGAUCAGCCGGAACAACAGGCCGCCUCUCCUAUGGAACAGACAGAGACCAUCGUCAACACCCCUUCGGAACCUACACCGGAGAUGCGGAGGUAUGGGCAGUGGAUGAUCGUCCAAAAUAAGCACGCGAAACAGGGAAAACAGAACAAGAAGUCCCCUCCCAAGGUGACGCAAAAAGAAAAAGGGAAGGCACUAUCACAACCUCCUAACACGUCGCAAAAGGACAAGGGGAAGGCUCCGGCUCAGUCUCCCAACAUGUUCUCAGCGCUCCAAGAGGAUUCGGUGCAGCUCAGUAAUGGGGACAUACCUCCAGCGUCGGAAAGGGAAGCCCACGGUGGCCUUACAAACUCCGUCGCUGACGCAGGUAAAUCUGCUGCCACCCUUGAUUUAAAUAACACUAACAUUAACUUUGGCUUUCAGAGUGAAUCCCACGUGGAUGACAAUGCUGGAAUGGCAGAGAAGGUUAGCAGCUUAGGGACCAAAAAAGCCAAUGGCAGGAAAGGCAGAAAGAGAACAGACAAGGUUAACGUGCAAAAUGGCGUUAGUAACAUUAGCCCGGUGGACAAGUCGUUGGCCAACUCUGGCGCGGGUGUCAAGAGUGGAGGCACCAGGCGUCACGCCAGGGAGCUCCUUAAAAGAUCUGAGGUUGGCGCUCUUUGCUUUCUGGAAACAAAGACUAAAGAGGCUGGUGGUUUACUGAAUAUGGCUGACAAGCUGGGUUUCUGUUCUUCCUUUAUGGUUGAUCCUCUUGGGUUUGCGGGUGGUCUUCUUCUGGUUUGGAAUAAAGAUCGUGUCCCGUUAACAGUGGUGGGACAUAACUCUCAAUCCAUCCAUACGUUGAUCCCUCGCCAUGACGGUAAGAACUUUCGUAUUUCCUUUGCUUAUGUUAGGCCCACUCGUAGGGCAAAAGAUUUGUUUUGGCAGGGCUGUAAGGAGUAUUCCAAUUCCUUCAAAGACCCUUGGGUGAUGCUUGGAGACUUUAAUGACAUCUCGGGGCAAGCCGACCAAUGGGGGGUUGGCGAGAUCGUUGCCAGUUCUGUUGAUAGGUUCUUAGAAGCUGUGAAUGACUGUGGGCUCAUGGACCUUGGGACUUCUAGAUCCAGGUUUUCGUGGUAUAGGAAAGUGGGAGAAAGGGUCACGCUUAGAAGGAAGCUGGAUCGGGUUCUUUGGAAUAUGGAGGCUCAGCUCUUCUUUCCGAAGGGAAAAGCCCACAUCCUGCCUUGCACGCACUCCGACCACCAUCCUAUUCAGUUUGAUAGCGUGGCGGGCUCCCCACCUCCGAGAAAGGAGAGGCCUUUCAGGAAAAGAAACACUCUUGCAAGAAUCGCGGGGAUCCAGGCCACGCCUAACUACGGCUCCGACAUGGGUUUGAUGAAGCUUAAAAAGACCUUUAUUGACAAUCUCCACGAUAUCCUGAAACAAGAGGAGGUUUUCUGGCAUCAAAAAUCUCGCAAGGACUGGAUUCAGGACGGUGACAGAAAUACUACUUUCUAUCAUCGAGCAACCUUGGUUAGAAGGAAUCGUGCUAGGGUCACCAUGCUAAAAGUCAACGGUGAGUGGAUUUCCAAUCCUCAAAUCAUUAAAGAACACAUCACUAAUUUUUUCAAAUGUCUUGUUGGCAGGAAUCAAGAUGAUAUUAGAGAGGCCCCUACUUUCGUGAGCGGUCGCGCCAUUAGUGAUAGACAGGCCCAAAGCUUGAUCCGACUUACUACGGUAAAUGAGGUCCGCCAGGCUGUCUUCGGCAUGAAACGCUUUGGGAGUCCGGGUCCUGAUGGAAUCCAAGCAGCGUUUUAUCGGCAUUAUUGGGAUAUCGUGGGUGACUCGGUAACACAUUUUGUUAACUCUUGUCUCACUUCAGGUACCAUCCCAAGCGGUAUGUUGGAAGCUUACAUGACCCUAAUUCCCAAAAAAGAGAAUCCUGAAAAUGCGGGGGACUUCAGGCCAAUCACGCUUUUAAACGUGAUUUUCAAAAUUGUCUCCAAAGUCCUGGUCAAUCGGCUUAAACCGAUCAUGAAGAAAAUGGUGGGCCCGUUCCAAAAUAGUUUUCUACCGGGAAGGUCUACGCUGGACAAUGUGGUCUUGACUCAAGAAGUGAUACAUAAUAUGACUAAAGCUAAGGGCAAGAAGGGCUUCAUGGUCCUCAAACUGGAUAUCCAUAAGGCCUACGAUAGUCUUGACUGGGGGUUUCUAGAGGCGGUUCUCAGCAAGUUUAACUUCCCUUCUCGUUUGAUUUCUCUUAUCAUGUUUUCUCUCAAAGAAAGCACCAUUUCUAUCAACUGGAACGGGGGCAAGCUUCCCGCCUUUGGGGUGGGUAGAGGAGUGAGGCAGGGUGACCCCUUGGCCCCUUAUCUUUUUAUUCUAGCCAUGGAGACCCUUUCUUGGGCAAUUCAAGAGGAAGUCAACUCUGGUCGUUGGAAACCCUACAAGGUGGCUCGUGGGGGCUCGGACAUCUCGCAUCUGUUCUUUGCAGAUGACCUUAUUCUCUUUGGUGAAGCUUCGGAACAACAACUCAGAUCCAUUCUAUCGGUGGUUGACAAGGUCAAACGGCGACUUGGAGAGGUGGCGGGGAUCCCGGUGUCAGACAACAUGGGCAAAUACUUGGGUAUCCCCAUCUUACAUAAGAGAGUUUCUAAAGAUAGUUUCGCGUAUAUUCUGGAAAAAAUGAAGAAGAGACUCUCAGGGUGGAAGCGUGAUUCACUUAGUCUCGCAGGAAGAAGGAUUCUCACGCAGUCGGCCCUUGCGACGAUCCCUGUGUACACAAUGCAAGCUCUAGCCCUCCCAAAAGGCACGUGCGAUAAUAUUGAUAAGAUUUGUAGGGACUUUUUGUGGGGGGAUACCCAAGAUAAGAAGAAAAUUCAUUUGGUAAAUUGGGAUGAAGUAUGUCAACCCCGCGACUCUGGAGGGCUCGGUCUUCGGAAAGCAAGCCAUUUCAACGACGCUCUUCUCGCUAAGCUUGCUUGGCAAAUGUGUGGCAAUUCUGAUAAGCUCUGGGUCAAAGUCAUGAGAGAUAAGUACGUGAAACAAGGGGAGUUCUUUUCCUCCUCGGUGCCAGGUAACGCCUCGUGGGCUUGGAAAAGCAUCAUCAGAGGUAGAAGAACAGUCAUAUCCAACGCUGUGUGGAAAGUUGGGGAUGGUCGCUCGAUAAAUGUUUGGACAGAUUGGUGGGUAGGAAACAUUCCGCUUGGCCUUGAUCAGAAUGUUGUAGUACCGGAGGGCCUCGAGUCUUGCAUGGUGAGUGACUUCAUCUUUCCUAGCAGAACUUGGGACCUACCGAAACUACAAGAGAUUCUUCUAGAGAAUAUAAUCAACAACAUCCGUGCGAUACCGAUCACGCUCAAUGAUAGGGCGAGAGACUCCAUUGGAUGGACAAACAGCGAAUUAGGUAAGUUUACGACAAAAUCUGCUUACUCUUGUGUUGCAGGGAUAUGGAAGUUGAACUGCUGGAAUAUGGAUGGUGACAAUAAUGAUUGGGAGUGGAUAUGGAAGUUGAACUGCUGGGAAAAAAUUAAGGUCUUUAUCUGGCUCAUUCUCAAAGGACGGCUGCUGACCAACGUUGAACGGUUUAGGAGACACAUUGCAGAGUCCAAUUCUUGCCCUUGUUGCGGUUCAGAAGAAGAGUCUCUAAGGCAUCUUUUUUGGGAGUGCGGCACAACUCAGGUCACGUGGAAGCUUUCGGAUACACCUCCAGACUUUAGCUUUCCCAUUCACUGGACGAAAUGCUUGGACGUUCCAACAUCAAAAGAACACUCCUCUAGCAACUGUGCAUUAGGUGGAUUAGUUCGAGACAGCACGGGGAGACUGGUUUGGGGUUUCACAACAAAGAUCGGUAAAGCCAAUAGCUUCGUAGCAGAAUUGUGGGGCCUAAGGGAGGGUCUAUGGCUCUGCCUCGAAAAGGGGGUUCUUCGGGUGAUGGUGGAGAUGGACUCCAAAGCCAUCAUUGAUCUCCUACAUGGUGAAGACGAUGCGGAUGAUUCUGGGUGUACACUGCUACACGACUGUGUUGACUUGGUGCCCAGAUUCGAGGGGAUCUCGUUCAACCACACUUUCAGGGAGGGUAACGCAUGCGCAGAUUUCUUGGCUAAUCUUGCGCAAGAGAAAGAUUGGGGCACGAGUGUGUUCACAAACGCAAUGGAAGUUUUACAGGAUUUUCAGCAAUAG